AUGGAAAAUCCUCUACACGAAGACUUUCUGAAGAGAGAAGAAGAAAAAGAGAGAUGGAUAGAGUAUUGGGCCGUUUUGAGAAAUUCAGUUCUAUACUUUUACGAUGAACGGACUGAUAUUUGUCACGAGUACUGUGACAAAAUCGAACUUACCCCAGACGCGAAAUGUUUUACGGUUAGACGAAAAACGUACAGUCAUAGAUUUAAACUGAUCACCGAUGAAGGAGCAUGGCUAUUAAAAUGCCACACAAAUAUACAAAGACAUCGAUGGAUGCAUGCGAUCGAGUUAGCAGUGCGAGAACUUUCUUCAGAGAGAACGGAAAUCGAUUCAGCUGUUGGUGUUCCUCGCGGGACGUACAGCCACUGCUACGAGAAAGAUUUGCUCGGAAGAAGGGUUCAAAGAGAAGCGCGAAAACGAGACGCCGCAGCCACGGCGUGCGAAAGCAACAACAACAGCACNGACUGAUAUUUGUCACGAGUACUGUGACAAAAUCGAACUUACCCCAGACGCGAAAUGUUUUACGGUUAGACGAAAAACGUACAGUCAUAGAUUUAAACUGAUCACCGAUGAAGGAGCAUGGCUAUUAAAAUGCCACACAAAUAUACAAAGACAUCGAUGGAUGCAUGCGAUCGAGUUAGCAGUGCGAGAACUUUCUUCAGAGAGAACGGAAAUCGAUUCAGCUGUUGGUGUUCCUCGCGGGACGUACAGCCACUGCUACGAGAAAGAUUUGCUCGGAAGAAGGGUUCAAAGAGAAGCGCGAAAACGAGACGCCGCAGCCACGGCGUGCGAAAGCAACAACAACAGCACUCUAGAGGAACUGAGUAUGAAUCUAAAACUUGAACAAAGGGAAAACAAGAGUUUUUCAAAAACAAGGGCUUCUAGGAAGAAUUUCAAAGGAGAGAAACCACGGCAAUUCAAAGAUAAGCACAAGAACUUUGCCUUCGAAACAUUACAAUGCGAAAAUUCCACAAAUUCAGAUCUUGGUAUUCCAGUGGAAAAUCUCGGCUUCUCCGAUGAUGAAACCUCGACCGAAAGCAAAGAAAAGACUUGCAGUGGCUUUGAUAUUCCCGUAGCAAAAUUAAUCCAGGUUGAGCCUAAAUGA